GACGUUUAACAAAUAAACAAAAAGUGUUCUAUAUUUUGUUCUUCUCUAAAAAUAUGAUUGUGAUAAACCGGAACUGAUAGAAAACAAUGGACGCUACAUGAUUUGCUGAAGUAUGCCAUGCAACACUUACAUGCCGUCAGAACAAUUUCGGCAAAAUCAAAAUCCUCCCAAUCUAAGUGUGGCAAGAAGAUGGGUAAAAGGAAUAAGGACGACAAGCAAAGUCCUCUAAUAGCCCUCCUUCCUGGGGCAAAAAUCGACAGUGAAAAGGGGAAAAUCACUGUUAACAUCGGGAUCUCGAAAGAGACUGUCAUAUUUAACAUAGGAGGAGUUAAAUUCGAAACGUACAGAUCAACACUUUACCGUCAACCUAACAGUCCAUUGGCAAAUGAAGAAUUUCUUCGGAAGCAUUUCCGGUCUGAUAAAAAGGAAUAUUUCUUCGACAGGGAUCCAGCCAUGUUCAAAGCUAUUCUGAAUUACCUCCGUACAGGAGAGCUUCAUAUGCCGCCAUACAUGUGCGGUCCAGCAGCAAAACUUGAAUUGGAAUUUUGGGGAAUCCCGGACAGCAUCAUAGAAAGAUGUUGUUAUACUCACUACAAUGCAUAUAACUCUACACUGAGAGCCCUAAAUCGUCUGGAAAAGGACCGCCAUGGAAGCUUUGAUUAUCCAGUCGAUACCCAUACAAACAGAAAAAUGUCUAAAUGGAAAAGAAUCCGCUCGAAAGCCUCCAUAAUUCUCAACCAUCCAGAGAAGUCAAAAUCUGCAAAGGUUUAUGGAAUGGUCUCACUACUUGUGGUAGCGAUCUCCAUUCUGUCAUUCCUUGCUGAAACACACCCGAGUAUUCAGGUAAAGGAAACUGUUUAUGCUAUUUCAUUUGUGCACAAUGCCACAACAAAUAUAACAACGAAUUCAACAACGAAAACGGAAGUAGUAGUUCCAAAUCCGGUUUUAGACAUCAUUGAUCAUUCGUGCAUGGCGUUUUUCACCAUUGAAUAUAUUUUAAGAGUUGUGCUUUCGUUGCAAAGGCUGGUUUAUGUUAAAUCAUUAAUGGGAAUUAUUGACCUAUUUGCACUCUUGCCGGACUAUAUUCAACUCAUUAUGUUUUCAAUAAGCAAACAUCUAGCUCACACUUCUUUCACCAGGAUCAUCACCAUUUUAAAGAUAACACGGAUAUUGCGCAUUUUCCGAUUAGUUCGUCACGUGCCCGGAUUGUGGAUUCUAGUGUAUACAUUAAAAGCGAGUUUGCGCGAGCUUUUGUUGAUGGUAGCGUUUCUUUUUGUUGGAAUGUUGAUAUUUUCGUCAUUGAUUUACUAUGUAGAUGAUAAGGAAAUUUUUACCAGCAUUCCUCACAGUUUUUGGUGGGCACUCAUUACCAUGACAACUGUUGGUUAUGGUGACAUGUACCCCGUGACUGCUUUGGGCUAUGUGAUUGGAUCGUUAACGGCUAUGUGCGGUUUAUUAAUGAUAGGAUUUUCAGUACCAAUUUUAGUUAAUAAUUUUAUAACCUACUACCAAUAUGUAGAAUUCGCAAUCCAAGACGAAAAACUUAAAAGAGAAAAAUCAGAGAUUCUAGAGGACCCUGUUAUUGGUGGCAAUGAAAUUAUCAAAAACAACAAUUCGUACAGAUAAAUAUGACCACGGAUACCGCAAAAAUAUAAAAAAUAAUUCGCUCGUCCGUCAAUUGUUACUAGCAGCAUGCAGCUAUACAAAUAACUUAUUUGCGUUCUUUUUAUUAGUAAGAUAUUUAAAUGAGAAGACUGAUUUCUGAUUUUCAAGGUUUAAGUAAUGUUUUUUUCUUCUCAUAUUUUACCAUAGCUUGAGUGUGCUUGGAUUCAUUCACUAGAAAUUUUACAUAAUUGUUGGAGUUGGUGAAUAUAACACACUGUUCGAUUAAAAAAAAAACGUACGUCAUUCUAGAAAAAAAAAUGAAAACAACACGUUAUAAAUUUCUUGCCUCUGACGCGCUUUUCUGGAUUAACCUUCAUCAGUAACGCUUAAAGUCGAAUAUUUGAAAGCCAAUGAUGUAUAAGGCUUAUAGUGUUAUGGGACUUUGAUCGUCAGAUAAAUAAAAGGCGUUUCUUAAAUGUCAUGCACUAGAUUCAGUAUGCUUGUGUCAAAUUACUGAAACUUGACACUGUUUGGGUUGGUAAAAAUAGACUCACUUUCGGUUUUGAAAUUUUUUUUAUUUGUCAUUUCGGAGUUAUGGGACUUUCAUAUUUCAAAAAAAUAUUUAUGCGCCUAAAUAUUUUCUCGUACAUGUUUCUACUACAGAGCUAUU